AUGUUGAUGGAUGCUGAUAUGGAUGUAGAAUUCGGGCAUGCGAGCCCGGCUCUACACACCACCGACGAGGAUCCGCAAAGCACAGCACAGCGCAGCGCAGCGAAACCAAACCAAGCCAAACCAACCAAGCCAACCGGAAAAAACGAAGACUUCAAGGAUAAAAAUAGAAAGCACGCCAAUACGGUGACAUGUCGGAUGAACGUGGGAUGGGCCGUUCGGGAGUGGGCGGGCUAG